CGCCUUUUCAUGACGUCACGGUAAACAUGAGAGCACGUGACACAACCCGGAAAUGCGAGGAUGCUAUCCGCUAGUCCGUCUAUUCCCACAAGGCUGGUCGCUGCUUGAGGAGGAACCUCCGAACGUCUGACCUUCGUCGACCGGUGUGAGAAUAACCAUAGCAGAGUUCGAGGAGGAACUUUGUCGAACAAACGAGGAGACCCGGCGACGAGGUCAAGUCCUGGACGCUGUGCUUUAAGAAGCAUCAAGUUGCACGGAGCAGGCGUAUCCACCCCUUGGGCAGCGGGAGUGGAACUCCAGCAUGGAGAAGGGAGAACCACAGCUUCCCCACAUUAAAGAGGAAGCGGUGGGGCCACAGGCCCCAGACAUUAAAAAGGAAGAGGAGGAUUACAGCAUCAGUCAGGAGGAGCUUAAAGGACUGGAGGAGUUCCGAGUUAUCGUUGUCCCCGUGAAGAGUGAAGAUGAUGAGGACCAAAGUGAGGAGAGGGGAGAGGUGGAGCCCCCAAGCAGCAGCUCAGCUCAUCACAUUACAACAGACGCUGAUGGAGACCACUGUGGAGGAUCACAAGUAGAAAACCUCUUCGCUCCACUAUCAGAUAGCGAUGACAUAACGUCACACUCUACUGACACUGAUGAUGAAGACUCCGAAGAUGACAUGACGUGUCACACUGAGAACACACGCUGGAAAUGCUUCCCAUGUGACAAAACCUAUGCCAACAAGCAAAAGCUGAAAGAACACAUCAGACGUCACACAGGAGAGAAACCUUUUCUUUGCACAGUGUGUGGUAAAAGAUUCUCCAGGAAAUAUGUUUUAAAAACACACUCAGAAGUGCACACCGGAGAGAAACCUUUUCCUUGCUUGGAGUGUGGUGAAAGAUUCUCUCAAAAAGCAAAUUUAAAAAGACACACAAGAAUACACACUGGAGAGAAAUCUUUGCCUUGUACAGUGUGCGGUAAAAGAUUCCAACGAAAAAGUAGUUUAGACAGACACACAAGAGUACACACUGGAGAGAAACCGUUUCCUUGCCUGGUGUGUGGUACAAGAUUUGCCCAAAAGCAUGUUCUAAAAGCGCACACAAGAGUGCACGCUGGAGAGAAGUCUUUUCCUUGCUCGGCAUGUGGGAAAAGUUUCUCUCAAAAAUGUGAUUUAAAAACGCACACAAUCGUACACACCGGAGAGAAGUGUUUUCGUUGUACAGUUUGUGGUAAAAUAUUUUCUCGGAAAGAUAAUUUCAAUAGACACACAAGAGUACACACUGGAGAGAAACCGUUUCCUUGCCUGGUGUGUGGCGCAAGAUUUGCUCAAAAAUAUCUUUUAAAAGCACACACAAGAGUUCACACAGGAGAGUAGGGAUGGGCACCUAUUGAUAUUUCAACUGAUACUGAUUUCAGGGGAAAUUUUCUAGGCCUGCAACUUUGCCAUAUAAAUAGGCUCUGCACUGCAACCAGGAAGUGAAAAGGCACAGGGUCUUGUAGCGUUGAAGAGAUUACACAUUUGAAUGCAUUGACACGCCAGCAUGCAAUUCAAUUCAGUUACAAAUGUGGAAAUACUUCACGGUGUUAUAUUUGUAAAUAAAUUGUUAUAUUCGUGCAAAACAACCAUUUUUUAUGUUGUCAUAGCUAGGAGACCGGCGAUCGAUUCCACCCUCGGCCAUCUAUGUGUGGAGUUUGUUGUUCUCCCCGUACAUUCCAAAAACAUGCUAGGUUAAUUGGCCACUCCAAAUUGUCCAUAGGUAUGAAUGUGAGUGUGAAUGGUUGUUUGUCUAUGUGUGCCCUGUGAUUGAUUGGCUGGCCACCAGUUCAGGGUGUACACCACCACCUCUCGCCCGCAGACAGCUGGGAUAGGCUCCAGCACCCCUGCGACCCUUGUGAGGAUAAACGGUAGAAAAUCAAUAAAUGUUAUGUCAUAGUUGUUUAUAUAUUUGUGUUUGAGACAAAGGAUGAUUUUAUUUGCACAAAAGCAGCACAAACCAAGAGAAAAAGAAAUAGAUUUGGUUUCAUU